UAACGCGCUGAUUGUGUGCUUGGUUAUGGCUAACUUUAGCCCGUGAUCUGGAUUAGUGUAAUCCACUGUUUAAUCCAUCCAGCGUUUCGGAUUAGCAUAAUCUACAGAUACUUUAAAAUCAGCGCAAAUGAUCCUGAUGUGUUCUUGUCGUGGAUGUAGGCUAUUUGUGAAUUCACCGUGAAAUGUGUUACCACAGUAUUUCUAGUCAUAUUCGCUUAAAGAUAAGUAAAGCGAACCAAACUGCAAUGAAAAUUUUCCUCUGUUCAUGGCAUCGGAAAGGGAGAUAACAAUCUUUACAUAUCAGACAAGGACCAGAACUCUCUUUGUUGUGAACAAUUUUUUUAUUCGAUCAAGAGAAGUAACCCAACUGUGUAAUAAUGUCUUUAGUGCAUAGACAGUUUUACAGAUUUUGGAUCAGUUUGAUUCUAGCGAGCAUCGUUCACGUGAAGACGACGUCAUGCAUGAAUGCCCACGUGAAGGUCAGCCACAACUCGACCAACCACCCGCUGCCAGAUUUCGUCAACGUCACCGUGACAACCGACGCCAACACGUCCACGACCUUCCACCUGCGGCGCGUCAAACACAUCAACUGCAGCAUCCCCAUCUACACCAUUAGCACGGACUCCAGCGGUCAGCUGGUCAGUAGGAAGGAGCAUCUAGGGAACAGACAGCACAUAGGCUACUACCAGGACUUAGCCAACGAAGCUGUCAUACAAAUAACAAGAACGAACAGCCUAACAGAGGAGACAGCCAAUCUGACACUGGAGGGAGAGGUCCGUAUACAGACCACAAAGUACACCAUCAAACAGGAGGAGAGGGUGAGGCGUGACGUCACAGCCACGUCAUCGCAGGGUGAACUGUACACGCUGGUCCCACAGCCCACCCCGGCUGUCUUCAAUGACUAUGUGGUCCCACCUCCUGAGAUAAAAAUAUUACUGACCAAGAAAGAAACGCCAAUUGAGGUUCCAAGUCAGAUUCGCUUCAUGCCAAUAGUAGCCGAGUCCACCACAUCAGACCCACUACCACCAUUAUCUACAUCAUCAGCAUCAUCAUCCCCGUCAUCAUCUCCUUUGAUACGUCGUCGGCGUCAAACUGUUCCAACCUACAGUAUUGAUGUCACAGCGUGUAUCGAUUACGGUGCUUACCGACGAUUCUUGACCAGCGCCAACAACAAUAAGCUAGAGGCCUUGAAGACACUUCAACAGUAUUAUGCUUUUGUGUUCAGUGGGGUUGACCUACGCUACCAAGGCAUCACAUCAGCCAGCUACAGACUACGUGUCAGACUGAACAAGAUUCUUAUAACUGAGACCGCCGCGGCCUCCAGCUUCACCGAGACUUUCCGUGUGGCCAAGGUACCGUGGGACCAGGUGGACGCCAACAAGGUCCUGGCCGCCUUCAGCGAGUUCGUCCUGGGCAAGAGCGGGAUUGUCGUCACGCCAUACGACCACGCCAUACUCUUCACGGGCUAUGACUUGUAUUCUACGACAUCAACAGGCAUCGCUGCCACAACAACAGGGAUGGCGUACACGUCCACCAUGUGUCGCACGGACGGCAAGAGCGUGUCCAUCGUGGAGGACCUGGGAGGGCUCCAGUGUAUCGACACGGCCGCCCACGAACUGGGCCACGGGUUGGGAGCAAAGCAUGACGGGGACGGUAACGCCUGCAGCUCAGCGGACCGUUACAUCAUGUCGUCCACAUCGAGUCUGGCGUCAGACAGCAACAAGUACCACCCCUGGCAGUUCUCUGCCUGCAGCAUCCAAGCUUUCACAGAGACCAUCAACAACCUCAUCGACUCGCGGUCGAGCGCCUGUCUGACCGACGCCCUGCCCAUCAGCGCGGACCUCCCAGACGUCAGCAACUUGUUCCCUGGUCAGCUCUACACGCCGGACCAACAGUGCCAGAUGAUCUACGGGAACAAUUCGCGCUAUUGCAGGGGCGAGAAUUUCGGCACGGCAUCGGACAUCUGCAGCGUCAUGUACUGCUACAACCCACUGACGGACAACACCUGCUACUCCAUGACCUCAGCCCAGGGCACCACCUGCGGGAAUGGCAUGCUGUGUGUCAGCGGGAAAUGUGUGUCGCACCCAAGCGCCCCUGUAGUAGACGCGAACUGUGUGUUUGGCGACCAGCCGGGCUAUGCCUUCCAGAGCGAGACUUGCGUUCAGAUCGUUGGCCGGUUCGGUGGUUACUGCUACCAGGGUGCGGUCUUGGAGAGGUGUUGUGGGAGCUGCAGCAAAAUCUUUCGACCUCUCUACAACUGUGAGUACGGGGACAAGGCGGGUGGCUGCAAGGCUGAGGACUGCUCUCGGUACGACAGCGACACACUGAACAAGUGCUGUGGCACCUGCAACCACGGCACACCCUACACCACCAGCAGGCUCACCACCACCACAACCACAACCACAUCCGCCACUAGGAAGACGAGCACGGUCAUGAGCGCUGUACGAGCUGACACGUCGGUGGCCAGGGCCACGGCCGCACCAGUGGUCACAACACUUGCCAGCACAACAACAACAAUAAAAAGCAUCUGUGUUGACGUGGAGGGCACACUGGUGAACAACAUGACGUGCCAGACUGCAGUGAGGAGAGUCCCCAGCCUGUGCUACGAGGAAAAGGUCUACUCUUUUUGUUGUGACUCCUGCCAGUCGAUCAAUUCUGGAACCAAAGACUGCGAGUACGGAGACAGGUACCCAGAGCGAUGCCAGACAGUGUCCUGCAACCAGGCCGCCACAGACUGCUGCCGCACAUGUCCAUUUAACGCAUCCGUGAGAAUCUCCGUCCACGUCGGAUUUAUCAUUUUCCUGACCAUUGUGACCAAACUUUUUAUAUCAGAACCCUUGUUGGCUAGUGUUUUAUAAUCAUUUUAAACAUUGCUAGUUUGAAGUAACACACAGGGUUAAAGAUGACAGAUUUACUAGUUAAGUGCAUUACAACAAGAACAUCUGUAAGGAUAAGUGGCAGUAUAGUGAUAUAAAUGGUAGGCUACAGCUAAUGUCUGGAGGUGAAAGGGGGGGGGGGGGUGUUUGAGAUGAUUUUAUUUUAAAAAUGUAUUUAUGUAUAUAGGGAAAUAGUUUUGUAAAAGCUAUUGCACUGAUAAGGACCACACAUUUUAAGGAUUUCACUCACAUUUUAUUAUGUUUGAACAAAAUCUCUAUUUUUAAUUCUUUGCAAAUAAAAACAUUUAUAUUUUAUAUUUUAAAUAGGCAAUAUUUUCCAGUUUUAAAGGUAGUACCCACAUUUUUAGUUUAUAUUUGAAAAAGGUUGUACAGUUUCUCAUGAUAUAUAAACACAUUUUAAAAAUCUGCAUGUGUCAUGAUUUAAAAGAUGUAUCCGAGUUUUUUGUACCAUUACUGCUCAAAAUUGAGAAACAUUUUUUUGGAAUACAUUUUAAAAAAGCAUAUAAAGAGGAAAUAUUGUUCAUUAAUUUGCAAGUAUGACAAAUUUAAAAAUCUAAUGUUGUUUUAUCACAAAUGGCAUAUUUUUUCCUACUUUGUAUAAUGUAAUUAUGACUUGUAUUUCAUAUAAUAAUUUCAUAUUUGAGUUUAAUUAUAACAAGUGUUUUUGCUUAAUGUAAUUAUAACUCAUGGUAUACACAAGUGUGAUUUUCAGAGUGCUUUGUUGACAAACAUUGAAAUUUAUGUUUUCAAUGUGCUAUUUAUUGUAAAUAGCCGUCUUUUGUUGAGCAAAACUUUUUAACAAAAUCAAAAAUAUAAUCUCUGUAUGUAUAUAUUACUAUUUUUGCAAAACGUAACAUUCCAUUUUGUUUUAAAGCAAUCAAACUUAAGUGUUUUUAAAAACUUAAACUUUGCUAAAAAUCAAGCAAUUCAGUAUUCUUGAUUGGAAUGAAUCUAAAAAAUAAAAGCUAAAUGUUAGUUUUAUUAUUGCAUUUAAAUAUCAGUAAAAAUGUAAAGUUAGUAGGCCUAUGGUAUUUUUAUAAAUGUAUAAUGGAUAAGAUUUUAACUAGUUUUAAAAUCUUUAUAUGGGAAUGAGUGUAUGUUUGCUUAUGUGAUAAUUUCCCAUAGAGUUCAUAUGUCCGAUAUUGCAAGAUACAUUAAAAAUGAUCAAGAAAGUGGGAAGUAAUUGAUAAUCUUGUUCACCAGCUGUCUUUCUUUAGCCAGAUUUAUCAUAGAUGCUUUUCAGCGAAUUUUUAAUUUCGCCAAUAUUAAUGUGAAAAUUAGCCAGUUGCUAUGUAGGCUACACAUGUGGUUUAAUAAAAUUGUGUUUCAAAUUGUAAAUGAAACAACCAAAUAUAUAAGAGUGUUUAUUCAUAUAUUUUGUUUUAAUCAUGUGUAUAUCGACUAUUGUUGGUACUUGAUUGAUUAUAUACAACAGUGCCUUUAAACUCUAGAAAUACAAGUUUAUUAAAAAUAUAUCUUUAGAUUGAAAAAACUAUACACCAAUGAAAUUGUGCAAAAACUGUCAUAUUUUAAAUAAUAUGAAAAUUGUUUCUUUAAAGUAUUUUUAAAACAAAAAUGUAAAUUUAAGUUUUGAUUUUGUUAAUGUUAGAAAGUAAUACAAAGAGGCUACUUAAACCACACAAAUAAUCUAUGCAUAUUUACAUGUAUACUUAUCAACAUUGGCUGUGAUAAAUAUAAUCUAUUAGGAUGAAAGAGAAAUGCAAUUUGGUGAAAGAAACCAGAGAUUAAGAGAAUGAAUUAAAAAGUUAAGUAUAAAAGGAAUGGGUAUAAUAUAAUAUUUGAGUGAAAAAAAAAUAUGUGUAAAACUUACUGCAAGUAAACCAUUGGCAGAAUGUGUAUGGUAAUUUGAGUGUAAGAUAUGUAUUCAAAUUCGUUACCAACUGUAUUAAGAUAAACUAUGUGCUUUAUGAUUUGUUGUGAAAUAAAAACAAUGUAUUCUUCAGAUAAGUUAUAUUUUA